UUCAUCCGCUUCACUACUCUCCUCGCCGGUUCCAUUCGUUGUUCUCUGUUCGCUGCAGUUACAGCUGUCAUGUCCUCGGCGCUCGAGCAACACUCCCACUCGGAAACUCGAAGCUAACACAUGUUUCCCUACCAGCAGACUUGAGAGUGUCAUUCUUGUGGCGGAGUCAGGAAAACUUUUCCCUCCGCUUCGUGACAGCUUUACGUUUGGGAGUCUGGCUGGUUCAAAAAGCGUUUACGUUUCCACUUUGCACUCAAAACGGCUCCCCAGUCCCGCUUUUGUGUCGGCUACAAGUCAGCUGUGGAGCGUUUGCAUCCGCUUUCCACCAUGAGAAUCUGGCGACGGAGGAAGAACUCUGGCUUUCUCGUCUUCAUUGUCAUCUGGUGCCUGACCUCGAAUGUCGCUAACGCUGACACCCCAAUUUACAACACUCCAGGGGGAAGUGCCUCUGCUAAGGAGCAGCCAGCUCAAGCAGAACGCUACGAGACCAUUGUACCUCUACUGCUCACGGGCCACCAUAGCAGACCCCUCAGCCACCUGGAGUCAGGGGGUUAUCCGGUGUCACUGCAGUUGCUGGUGCGUGCUGAAGAUGAACGCCUCGUUCUACUACUGGAGAAAAAUGAGGGUCUUUUCGCCAACCGUUACACAGAGACUCACUACCAGAAGGAUGGACGUGUCGUCACUGGUGCACACAACUCCACGAAGAACUGCUAUUAUCACGGGGAGGUGCUGGCGCAUCCCAACUCUGACGUCACCCUCAGCACUUGUUCGGGCCUUCGAGGCUUUAUCACACUUGAAAACAAGUCGUUCGUCAUAGAGCCCGCAUCCGGCAAAGGCCCGGACGUCCACUUCAUCUACCGGGCGGAGGAGCUGCGUCUGACCCCGGGGGACUGCGGUCACGGGUUUAACAUGUCUUCCUUUGCCCCGGAAAACUACCUAAAGAGCCCCUUGCAGGCCUUCCGCACAAGGCACAAAAGGGAUGCGCAAAAGACCACCAAAUAUGUGGAGCUGAUCAUCGUUGCAGACAACCGAGAGUUUCAAAAACAAGGAAGUGACGUGGAGAAGGUGAAGCAAAGACUUGCAGAAAUUGCCAAUUAUGUGGACAAGUUCUACCGAGCGCUAAACAUCCGUGUGGCUUUGGUGGGUCUGGAGGUGUGGAGCGACCACGACAAAUGUCCCGUCACGCAGGAUCCGUUCGCCACCCUCCAUGAGUUCUUGGAUUGGCGCAAAGUCAAGCUGCUUCCGCAGAAAGCUCACGACAAUGCUCAGCUCAUAAGUGGGGUGUACUUCCAGGGCACUACCAUUGGCAUGGCUCCCAUAAUGAGCAUGUGCACAGCAGAGCAGUCUGGAGGCAUUGUCAUGGAUCACUCAGAGAACCCGCUGGGCGCAGCCGUGACGUUGGCUCACGAGCUGGGUCACAACUUUGGCAUGAAUCACGACACACCAGAGCGUGGCUGUGGCUGCAGGAUGACGGCGGACCGCGGUGGCUGCAUCAUGACGCCUUCCACUGGGUAUCCAUUCCCCACAGUAUUCAGCACGUGCAGCAAGAAGGACCUGGCGGCCAGUUUGGAGAAAGGUGUGGGCAUGUGUCUGUACAACAUGCCGGAGGUCAAGGUGCUCUACGGGGGACAGAAGUGCGGCAACGGCUACGUGGAGGAAGGGGAGGAGUGUGACUGCGGGGAGCCUGAGGAAUGUUUGAAUCCGUGCUGCAACGCCACCACCUGCACGCUGAAAGGAGACGCUGUGUGUGCCCAUGGCCAGUGCUGCGAAGACUGCCAGCUCAAACCGGCAGGCACCAUGUGUCGUGAGUCCGGCAACUCCUGCGACCUGCCCGAGUUCUGCACGGGUGCCGACCCUCACUGCCCGUCCAACGUUUAUCUCCAUGACGGUCAUGCCUGCCACGCCGUGGAAGGCUACUGCUACAACGGCAUCUGUCAGACUCAUGAACAGCAGUGCAUCACCCUGUGGGGUCCCGGAGCCAAACCAGCCCCCGGGAUCUGCUUUGAACGAGUCAACUCAGCGGGGGAUCCUUAUGGAAAUUGCGGGAAGGAUUCCAAAGGCUCCUUUGCCAAAUGCGAUGCAAGGGAUGCAAAGUGUGGCAAAAUUCAGUGCCAGGGUGGCGCCAACCGACCAGUGAUCGGCACCAACGCCGUUUCCAUUGAAACCAACAUCCCGCUCCAGGAGGGGGGUCGCAUCCUGUGUCGGGGGACGCACGUUUACCUAGGGGACGACAUGCCCGAUCCGGGUCUUGUUCUGGCCGGCACCAAGUGCGGGGACGGGAGGGUGUGUCUGAACCGCCAGUGCCAAAACGUCAGCGUAUUCGGCGUGCACCAGUGCUCGGGAAAGUGCAACGGACGUGGGGUGUGCAACAACAAGAAGAACUGCCACUGCGAGGCCCACUGGGCGCCCCCGUUCUGCGAGGAGUCCGGCUUCGGAGGGAGCAUUGACAGUGGGCCAACGAGACUGGCAGCCGACAGCGUGCUGCUCACCGCCGCUGUCCUGGUGGCUGCUAGCGGCUUGUUGCUGGCCAUCGGCCUUGUCUUCCUCAAGAGGAAGACCCUCCUGCGACUUCUCUUCACCCACAGGAAGAGCACCUUGGAGAAGCUCAGAUCCAUUGAGGCCAAGAGGCCCACCAGUCCAGGCGGGACCCAUUCCAUGUGCAGACCAUUACCGCAACGCAAACCACCCCCCAAACCCUGCGGAGCCAACAUUUACAAGACGUCCCUGCUGAGUGCCGAACCUCUGCUACCGCCGCACAAGUUCCACUCGCACAGCCUACGCCGACUGCCACUAUACCAGCCGCUGCACAUCAGCCAACCCAUGCCCGUGUCUCUCAGCGUGGGUCAGCCAACUCUGCCUCCCUUGCCAGCUCGACACAGGCUGGCUCCGACCAACCGUCACACCGACGCACCGUCGCCGCCCGCGGUGCCGCCUUUCCUUAGUCUCCCACGGCAGCCAGCGUCAUUCCGACUGGGACAGGACUUGGACAAACCGAGCCCCCCGCAGAAGCCCCUACCCGCAGACCCACUUAACCGGAGCGCCCGACUCGGGCACAUUCACGGGAGAGGACCACUACCCAUCCCUAUCCCCACCGUGCCCAAACCGCUACCCACCCUCCCGUUACCUAGCAGACCCGCACCCAUGUUGCCAUACAGACCGCCAAAGACCCCCAAAGACUGCUGAGCAGAGAGCGUCUUUCUGGCGAUCUCACUUUAUUUGCACUAAUUCAUCCCCAAGGCUCAGCUGGACUGGUUGUCAUGCCUAAAAUGGACAUCCAGUACGUGAAAAGAGCGGCGGAAGAUUUCUUGUGACACUUUUUUUGAACAUUUGGAAGAAGAAAAAAGACACUGACGAGUCGUCGGUGGUGCUCUCCCACUUAAAGGUGCUCAAUCUUGUCCUCGCUCAGGUACCAAUGGACUAUUUAUUCUUUUUUGUGUGUGUGUGUGAACUCCUACACACUGGGAAAAUUAUAUGAAGUGUUUUAUACAUUUAAGAAGGAAAACGUAAGUAUUUUAUAAUGUCAUGUGCAAGGACAAAAGGGAAACGAGUGAGUUUUUCCUUAACAAAAAAAAAAUAAAACAUGACUUUUGAUGGAUUAAUUGUUGGAAAAAAAAGAUAUUUGAUAUUUCAUGUUUACCUUUCCCAAACUAACCAACUCAUCAUGACACCACUUAUUUUGGAGUUUACAUCCAAGCGUGAUGAUGUCAUCGGCACAUUUGUCCGUCCAGCGAAUUUCUUUUUUGUCACCACAGCGUUAUUGCACUUUUCCCAAAUGUGUUUUCUUUUUGCUUUUUUUUUAAUCAGUCUUCUGCGACGCGUGCAAGUAGGGAAACAUCACAGUGUGGAAUACUUGUUCAAUUUUGUCUUGAUGGCGCUUCUACAUCUCAAAAUGUGCUGUGUUUUCUUUGCAUAAAGGAAAAAUACGCAUUAAGGGCCACUGAGUGGGUGUUUUGCGUGUUUUAUUGUUUAUCCAAACCAUGUGACUCCUUCCAACCAAUCAGCAAGUAGCUAGAUGUAAAAUUUAUUGAUCAUGAAAUAAAUUUUACUAUGGUAAUAGCGUGUAUAGUAUAGUAAUACCGUGUGUAUAAUUGUAUGUACAUGGUUGCAGUAACCCUCCAUAACGUACAUGCAAACCUGUUACUGUAUGUCUUAAACAAAAAUAUUGUCCAACACUGCCACCUUGUGUAUUGGGCGAGUUAUUGCGAAUCCUAUUCCACAACCAUCUUUGGCACAACUACAUAAUAGACAGGUUAUUAACAACAGUACUUCAAUGUAUCUUGAGCAGGUAGGACAGAACUAUAUAAACAAUAAUAAUAAACAUUUUUUUACUCAACAUGUACACAGAUACGUUUAGAAAACUCCAAACAAAAAGGACAUUAACUCAUUCACUCCCAGCCAUUUUCACCGGCGCAACCCCCUUCGCUCCCGACCGUUUUACUGGAUUUUGACUGAUUUUGCUAUUGCUAUAUAGACAUGGAACCCACCAAAAGAAAGAUUACUCUCUUCUUUCAGCAGAAAAAAAAGAAAAUAGCUUAGUCUGAGCAAUUUUCCAAUUUCUGAUGAAAAAACAGAGAAAUUGAGCUUUUUGUAAACGCGUACAUUUCAAACAUAACUUUGACUUUAACACAGCUAUUUUUUUGCUUCCCGUUACAUCCCAAACAUCUGAAUGUUUUCCUACAUUAACAUAAUAAUUAAAGAUGUCCCACUCGAUCGGGUCCGAUCACGUCAUUUUCAAAGUAUCGGAAUCGGCAAAAAAAUAUCGGACAUGCCUUUUUUUCAAUAUAUAUAUAUUUUUUUUAUUUAAAUCGUUUUCUAAUUGUAUAUAACGUUGAAGACAAAAUGUCUUACACUCAUCCAGAGUAGUUUUGGCUUAAAGUAGGGCUAUCAAAUUUAUUGCGUUAACGGAUGUAAUUAUUUUUUCCUUAAUUAAUCACGUUAAAUAAUUAACGAAUACGCUGCUCGACCCACUCACGCAUUGUCGCGUCCAAUCUAUAAAGGCGCCGUUUUACCAAUAUAUAGAGCUAAACGCAGUGUAUGAGUAGUGAGAAUUUCGACAG